AACAUUCGGCAUUGCUGUAUUGUUUGUUUUAAUCGACGAUGAGCGAUGAAAUUUUAACCCUUACAUAAAACGAGAAGAAGAGUGUGGCGCAUGCGCUGUGACGUCCAGGACAGUUGGACAAGAUGGCGGGACACUCAAACUGUGGGUUGACGUUGGAGUUCCAACAUGUCAGACGUGACUGUAAAAUGUUAAAUGUUUGCAUAGAAUGUCACGUUCGAGUGUAGUCAUUCAUGUCGUGGAGCACGUUAGCAGCGUGUUAGGGGCCAUGAAGGGACACGAACAAGCUCCGUCUCCGAAUGCGAAUGGCCGCCGUCUGAGCCGAAGCUUCAAACUCACCCAGCAGACGCAAACCUCCUCGGAUAAGUCGGACUCCUGCAGCAGGCCAAUUUCCGAUUUUAAGACCCCGACCAGGCCCACCUCGUCCAGAGUUUCCGGAGCUUUCAGCGGUGAGUCUCCGCACGAGUCGGACGCACAUCACGACAUCAUCUGGGAUGCCACAUCGCCAUCGCCACAGCGACUCGGCAAACGAGCAAAGAAACACGCGCCGGGCGUGGUGAACAUCUCCGACAUCGUCAGCAGGAUUGCGCCCGAGCACGGCAGGCCCAAAGUGUCGGAGCCUGCUUUGCAGCAGUGGAUCGGCGACAGCGCCGCCAUCCCGUGCACUCCUGACAUUCAGGUGCCCAAAAGCAGGAGGAAGUCGCCCAGAUCCAACGGCGUUGACGACCUGCUGAAGUUGGCCAAGCAGUUUGACCUCAAUUUGUUUCAUCAUGGCGACGAGGAAGUGGAACAGAACCCUCCGAGUGUGUGUCUGCAGUCGGAGGAACGCGUUCAGAGCCUCGAGUCGUCCCCAACACACACAGAUGAUGAUCUCUACUUCCUGUUUCAUGAGUCCACUCAGCAGGUGAUCACAGCUCUGAGUCCGUUCACGGCGGCUGAGAAAUCUCCUACGAUGCCUUGCAAAGCUCCCCCACCGGCAGCGAGGGGCGUGGGCUUCCUGGACGGCUGGGAGGAGGACGACCUGCUCGACGACUCGUUACUCGCCGAGAUGACACAAAACCCAGAGAACUUCUGCGGGCCCAAACACAGUUCCACGCAGAAGACCUCCUGCCAGGCGGUGAUGCCGCCGCCUCCUACGCCUUUCGGUGUCGGCCGGUCAGGAGGGAGAAAAACUUGGGAGAAAUUUGGAACUUGUUCUGAUGUUCGUCUUCCAGGAAGCUCCUCAAACAUCCAAACGUCUUUGAUCUCCAAACCAGCAGGAAAAGACUUGGCGAACGCUCAUGGAUUAUUUUCUUCUAUUUCCAUAGCAACAGAGAAAUGCUCCAUGCCAGGUCCCACCCUCAAGCAGGUUCCCACCGUCCCUGAUUUCCUGGAUGACGAUUUGGACGCCAUAUUUGCGUCGGAGCCGCUGUGGGACGACCCGGACGACGACAAGAUGCUGCGAGAACUUUGCGAGGACAUGGAAAGUCAGAUUGGCCAAAAAGCUACCAGUCAUACGGCCGGACGCUACGGCGCCAUAGGAAAAUGUUCUUCUGGAAGCUCCGGUGGGAAGCGGACUGUUGCUGUGUCGACCGCAGCACCAUCCUCACUUCCGCAGCGAGGAACCGCACACCAGUUUACCUUUAAGAGGCCCAGCAACUUUGUUUCAAUGGUGACCAACAAGCCUGGUUGCAUGACAACAAAUCACCCUGUUUCUAUGGUGACCAACAAGCCUGGUUGCGUGACAACAAAUCACCCUGUUUCUAUGGUGACCAACAAGCCUGGUUCCAUGGCGACAAAUCAUCUUGAUUCCAUGGUGACCAACAAGCCUGGUUCCAUGGUUCCCAACUGUCUUGUUUCCACGGGGACCGGCAGGCCUCUUUCUGUGGUGAAAAGCAAAGCGCUCGUCAAAUGUUCUGCGCUGGAGAUCGAGCGGAAGAAGCAGCAGGCCAUGGAGCGCCGCCGGCGUCGCUUGCAGGAAGUCCAGAACAUCAAAUGAACCCUCAAAAACCACCUUCCUACUUUUAUUUUUUUAUUCUUUUAACAUUAAACUACAUUUAAUUAUGUCCUUGUCAUUUUGUCACAGCCAACAUGGUGUUGGAAGUCCUCACAAAAUUGUUGUAAAUAAACUUGUGACUUCAGCAGCA